UCCAUUUCAGUAGUAGUUUUCGCGUCGGCCGCAGCACAACGAGCAAACGGAAACCGGAAACGGAAGUGAAAGCGAAAGCAAAAGCGCAAGCGAAAGGCAGUGGCUCCAAAGCACAGUUAAUCGGGCAGAGAACCGAAUGCACACAACAGACAACAGCCAACUGAGAACUGAGAAAUGAGAACUGAGAACCGAGCGCAGUGAAGUGUUUGUUUUCACCGUUAUCAGUGGAUGCACGCCUUUCCAGCCCUGAUUGCGCGUAGGGAUCGGGCCAGAGAUUGGGACUGGGAUUCCGAAUCCGCAUCCACAUCCGAUUCAGAAUCAGAAUCCGUAUUGUAUCCAGGAGCGCGACCCGCACGGAGGAGGCGGCGAGCCGGAGAGGCGUGUCACUAGCAGGUGGCUGAGCCGGUUAACCAGAGACCGACGGCAAAAACCUCCUCACAGCCAAAAACAUUGGGCCAUAAUUAACCGCAAGCCGAAAGCAGCGCCGAGGAAAAACAAACGCCAAAAAUUGAAUCAGAAAAAUCACAGGUCGCAGAAAAUGCGGGCCAAGUGCUUUGGCAAUUAUGCCGGAAUUGUUAACAAAAUACAAAGUGUAACAGACUAAAUAAAAUUGACAGCAGAAAACCGCAGGAAUUACAAAAGGACCAAAGCGACAGGCGACGACAGGUGGUCGCUUUUAAGGCCUGUUCUCCCUGAAUUCAUUUCGUAGAUAUAUAUUUAUAUAUAUAUAUGUGUGUGGUUUAGUAGGGCCGAAAGCAACAGAGCAGAAGAACCCAAAACUCAAACCCCAAACCCAAGCCCAAAUUGAAACCUCAAUAGAAACACACAAUCGGAGGCAGAACAAAAACUCACUUAGGCUGCCAUCCAAAUCAACGGCUGUCAGACAAAAAGUCGCUUUUUAUUGAUUUUUAUAAAGUCGAGCAGUAGCAGCAGCAACAACAACACCAAAAAGCAAUGAACAGCAAGGAAUAAUAACACAAGCCGCAGAAGCAGAAGCAAAAUAAAAAUAAAAAGAAUAAAUACAAAAACAAAAAGCGAACGCAAUGUGAAUAAUUCCCCAGUUGAACAGAAGCGAGCACGAAACGGAAAAACUACUGCUGCUAUAUAUCCCCACUCACACCAUUCAGCCCACUCAUCCCACUUACCCAACUCCCAGUGCACAGUGCCCCCCGCCCUUCCAGAUCCCCAACUUUAUAAUAUAGCACACUAUCGGAACGUUCAUCAAAUGCGAUACUAUUCGAUUCCGAUUCGAUGACGAUUCAAACCGGAGACACCGGAGAGACGGACGCACACGGAGCCCCAUAAAAAUGUGUUAUAAAAAUAUACACGCAUAAAUUCCCCAAGCUCCCCCUCCCCCCACCACAACCCCCGCAAGGACAUAAAUACACGGGAAAAACUUUUCAUGCAAAUGUCAUUGACAAAGUCAAUUAGCAGAAAACGGAAGCGCUGCAGCUGCACAAUUGAAAAUUUGAAACUCGAUUAAAGGCAUUAAUGCAAAAGAAAGUGUGCUGGACACAAAGCAAGACUGAUUUUAUGUUUAGUUAGAUUAUUUUAAAAAUAAACCCCAAAAAACAAAAUAAGGCAGAGCAACUAUUUUGUGGGAAAAAACCCGAAACUGCAACAACGAAUUAGCCAAGCGGAAACCGUAGCAAGGAGGUAAGCCGCCCACAGAGAAAACAGGGAAAGUCCCAACAGCAGCAGGAAAAACAGGAAAAGCAAGAAAAACAGCAAAGCAAGAAAAACAAAGCGACCGCCAACAAAAGCAAAAGCAGGAUUCAUUCGAAAGCAUGUUUGUGCUCAUAGCUGUGCUGUUUGUUAACGCUUGCCUAGCGGGCACCAUUCCGGCCACGCCGGAGAACAUAACCGUUACGUUCCUCACGCCCACGGCGGUCCGAGUGUCGUGGCAGACGCAAAUCGAUCUGAAGGCACAUCCCAUCGAGAAGUACAUCGUGACGUACAAGCCCACGGACGACAGUUACAGGGUUGUACAGGACGUCGCCGGCAGCAGCGAGGCCAUUGUCCUGGAUCGCCUGCUGCCCAGCACACAGUACUCCCUCGUUGUGACGGCCAUCUGGCAGGGCAAGAAGUACCGCAGCCGCGGCCAGAUAAAGUUCAAGACGCUGGAUCUGCCCAAGAACACCUCGCAGCAGGACUUUCCGCCGGGCAUCUAUGGCAACGGGAGCAAUGGCGGUCGCAAUGGCAGCAACAAUGCCAGCAUCUUUGGCGACGACGUGACCUCCACGGCCACCAACACCCUGACCCAUGGCACCACCAGGGAACUGCCCACGAUUCGUGGCGUGGAGAUCGGCAUUGUGCUGAUCGUGCUGAUGGUCUGGGCCGGAGCCAUCGCGCUGUUUUUCAACCGGUGGGGCAAGAUCCGGAUGCUGUUGCCCUACCAGCCGGACUACAAGCACGAGCAGCUGAAGGUGCCGGGCACGGGCGUGUGCAGCGCCAGCGGAUGCAAUGGACAGCACUCGCACCAGAACCUACACCCCGAUUUCUUUGUCAAGUUCGACAGCAGUGAAUGUGCCCACCCACCGUUGCACUGCAAUAGCCGCCACAUCCACAUGCUGGCCGAGGAGCACUCCACCUCCAUUUCGGAGCGCUGCACCCGCAGCCGGAUCAACUCGGCCAUCUUUGUGUCCUCGGAGGGGCGUGGCUUCGACUCCAUAGAGUUCCUGCGUCGCCACGGAUCCCAGAGUGUCCUCUGCAGGAAGGCCAAGAGCGCCGAGAACAUUACGGACAACGGAAGAAGGAGGAGCCUGCGACCGUGGCGCACCGACGAUGAGUCCUGCAAGCAGCAGCACCUCUCGCAGGACAGCAACGACAUCGAGCUGAAGGAGUGCGGCGGCGCUGGAGGAGAGCUGCUCCGGCUGCCGGUCAUCCACGAUGGCAAGCAGUCGCCCACGGCCGUGACCAGUCUGCUGGCGCGAUCGGCGGCCAUAACCACGGCCAACAUGAUUGUGGGCAGCAUUUCGCUGGAGGCACCACCGCCGUACAUGCAGGACGACGAGGGCGAUACGCUGUCCACGGCGGCACUCAUUCACAGCGAUGCUGAUGCCGUGGUUCACGAGUCGCAGGACUCGGCGGAGACGGUGGAGGAGCUGGUCCAUGUACCGCUCCUUGCCAGUGCCACCGCCACGGCCAGCGUUUCGGCCUCAUCCUCCCCCAGCAUUGCCAUCGAGGCCAAACCGCGCGUUCUGGUGCACCAGCGAUCUUCGACCGCCUCCUCGUCGCCGCACAGCAGCCCCAAGAACCUGGGCAACCUGGGACUGAAGAUCGUCAAGCCGAAGAUAAGUGCCGUGCCAAUGGUUUCCGUAUCCGGUCCCUCGCCGCCCAUUGAGAAGCCACCGCUGGCCGAGUGCUUGUAACAAAUGGCAGCCGAAACAUUUAUCUAAGCUCGCACUGAAGGCAACUGGACCCCGGACCCCGGACCCCGGACCCCUGCUCCUGGAUAGCCCUUAAGAAUUCCCCAAGCCGCAGACAGAGUAACCCAAUCCAAAUCCUAUUUAAAUAAUCUGAGACGAGAUAGUUGAGACGGAGAAAGUAUGCCAGCUGCUCAAAUAAGUGUUUCGGUGAGAGGCUUUAAAACGUAGAAUGCAGAAAACAAGGAAGUGCAAGGACGAGAAGUAGUAAUAGGAUAGAAAAAACAAAAGAAGAUACUGUACCAGUGGUCAUCACCCGGCAAGAAAAGCUUUGUAUAUUCAACAACGACUGACGUAUACACACAUAUGUACAUUAUAAACGAAAACAAUGGAAAACCUGUAGAACUUUAUAAGUCGAUUAUGGUGUAUGUGUGUAUGCAUACCUAUUAACUGAUAAAUCAGCUUUAACAACAAACAAGUAAACUAUCAGGCUUUAAUAUUACGACGAUGAUGAAUUUCUGGUUUAACCUAGUCCGUAGACUCACCUAGCUGUUGAAACUAUUAAAUCGAUUCUCUUUAAUUCUUCUCCUAUACAUAUAGCCAAAACGAAACACAAAACACUUGGGCACCACCACUCUUAUACACGCGAUCUAUAUAGAUUUACCAAAUAUAUACAUAUAUAUUUAUACACCCAGUAAGAUUAGUUAUGUGCGUCCAAGAGCCUUGCACGGAUCAACAGGGUUUCACUUCAUGAUAUUAAUGAUCCUCGAAGAAACCCGGAUAGCAGUGUGAUUCAUGCCGGGCUCCACUUCGCAGCUCCAGCUCCGAAUACCUGGACACCUGCUAUACACUUAGCUCUUAGCUUUAAGACAAUGAAAUCACAUAGUCCAAAUGUUACAAUGCUAACAUAUCAAAUUCUCUACUGUACCCACGACCAAAGCGAAACGUUUGAAACUGUAACUAGUCCAUAAUUAGCUUUAAGCAUCCUAUUACAUGACUAUUAACUAGACGUAGAGUUUUUUGCAAACGUAAGUGCCGUGGACGACUUCUGAGUGUUUUUGAAACCAGACUCUUACGUGUAUUCCGUGUAGAUGUUUCUGUAGCGCGUACCCUAUACAAAAGUGUAUAUCUCGUUUUAGGCGAACUUAUUGAUGGAUUUAUAGAAGUUUAUAUAGGAACAAUACUAUAGGAAUCUAUGGCACCAAGCCCAUUUGCUCCCGCUCACUGUUUUAGGUAGUCUCUUUACAUUUUAGUUAUGAUACUCGAAAUUUUAUCUAUCCACGUACGCGUUAGACACCUGAGAUCUAUCCUAUCCAGUUUGUUUCAAGAAUGAAAUACAACAAUUGUAAAUACACAUGCACUUGUACCUACAUCAACUGAAAAUCCUUUCAGUGGAACACAAAACGUUGUUAUUAAGGAAUUGUCAAUUUAUGGUCCAAAGCUACAAUAAAUAGAUCAUCAUUUGGAUGGGUCAGCAGUAAGCUUAACUAAGUUCUAGUUUACGUUCAAUUCGCUAACACAAAACCAAAGUAAAACUGUGUGAAUGUGUAUUUUUGAAAUCAAAUAAAUGAAUUACAUAAAUGUAA